UCUUCGCGCUGUCAAUUUCAUCCGGAUAGGGCGCAAGAUUAGCGGACACCGGCAUUAGCGGGACGCCAGUCGAGUUUCUGUGGCCACGUCGCUCAGGGUGCAACACCUAUCGCGAGUGCAUUACCGAUCGAGUAAUGAUGAUCAACAAGCCUGUGUCGAGAUCCGACAGUCGCAUUACCCAGUGUUGUUUAUUUUAGUGUUGUUUAAAGAGAUUUUCUAAUCACGAUGCUGAAAAACCGAGGGCGGGAUCCCCGCUCGGCAAUCCCGAGCACUCCCUUGUUAGUCCGUUCUAUUGCACCCCGAGCUCCUAUGGCAAAACCCGAACCAGAUUACGAAGUUGUAGAGUUCCCUGCUGAUCAGUAUGUCAAUGCAAAAAUACAGCCGCCACCGCCACCUCCGCCUAGACCAGCUACAGGUCACCCGAUAGAUGCGGGUGCUUCCUGUGGCUUGUGUGGCGGAGGAGGGGCACGCGUACGAUGCACGGAGUGCGGCCGACGAGCUCUGUGCGCGUCGUGCGAUGACAUGUACCAUAGGCACCCAAAACGUAGAAACCAUCAACGUCAAGCCCUCUCGCAUUCACAACUUCUCGAUGAAAGACCGCCGCUGCCACCGAAAGCUGCUCCGCCCGUGCCGCCGCCGCGAAGACAUAAGAUAAGCGGCGAAAGGUCGAGUGCUAGUCCCCGACCAUCCGUUAUGGACCAACGUCGAGCCACUCUUAACCCGACAGUGGCAGCGCAUAGUCCAAUGUCAACGAUAACUAAUCCCAAUCACUUCUCCACACAACGCGCGCAUAUUCAACAAUCACAGGGAGCAGUGCCGAAUAUGUCACACAUGGGCAGCAUGCCAUAUUUACCUAAUACCGUCCAUCACGCAAAUACAACUGUUCCCAGUCAGGAGCAAAGUAUGGCUCUGGGACAAUUUUCUUCUUGGGGCCGACCUCGUGGUUCUCUUCAGGGAUUUAAUAUCGCUCCAAAUAUGAUGCAACCUGCUCCUCUGGAGCCUUGGGAAUUACAAGAAAACUUAUCCACACAGAGCUGGGGUCGCCCUUUAAGGCGUGGAGCAUCGGUUAUGGAGUUAGGCGGAGGUCCGACCGGAUGUACUGGUUGCGCUCAUUGCGCAACUAAUCCUUGGCGUUACGGAAGUUGUGCUAACUUAGAUCACCAAUGGAUUGGACCAAGUCCUGCACCUAGUGCUGGCCCAUGGCCACAGACUUGUUGUAGUCCACAUUCAGUCACACACAACUCUCGCAUAAUGCCCCACACACACCCACAUUCGCCGCAAACACCACAGCCAUAUCGUAGAAUGGAUAUUCGCGGAGUUUCACGUGCAGCUUCCCGGGCAGGUUCUCGAGCAGCUUCACCCGCGCUAAGCUUACGAUCACGCACUUCACGGCGAUCUAAACAUAGAACACCGUCCCCUCCUAUACCCUCGAGUGAUGCCGACUCUGAAAGUGAAGUAGAAAGCGACCACCCAGAAACAAUAGACAAAGAUGAAGAAAACUCUUUAGGACCUGCUCCACCGCCACCCGCUGCUACUUGGCAAUGUGAACACUGCACUUUUGUUAAUGAGCCUGGUGUAAGAGUAUGUGCAGUAUGCUGUCGAACUCCAACCAUCAAACCUAAAAUUGUUACCGACGUCAUUAACAACGGCGUAGAGAGACUUAAAGUCGCUGAAAAAACCUCACGAUCACCCUCUAUACAUUCAAGUCACGCAGUUGACAAGACUACAAUAAAAACAGAUGAUAAAGGCAAAAAAAAUAGAUCAACUAAAGAACGUACGUCUACAGGAUGUGGACCGUCUCCACCAAGGGAAGAUAAAUCUAUGGCUAAAUCCACAAAUGUGUUAAAAACUACUCCAACAAGGGAACAAAGUAACGAAUGUAUAGAACAAACUCGGAUUCGUCACGAUAUAGCAGUAGGGCCAUCUCCUCCAAAAGAAAUACUAGAUGGACAUAGAACAUCUUUAUCGAAAAAUAGUACUGUAAAUCAAUCUUCAAAUGUACCAUCUAAUAACUUCAGAUCUUCUUCAAGGAUUGGUAGCCCUGUAAAUGGGUCGUCAAAGCUGCAUAAUAUUUCAGUCGGUCCUUCUCCACCACGUGAUAGUCCUAAACGCACUAUGUCAUCUUACCAAAGCAACUCCAUAAAUUUUCAAAAAAAGUCCGUUGGAAACUCACCUCCUCGAGAAAAUGUUGAAAGUCGACCCUUAUCCAGAUCAAGCCGUACUAAUGCUGGAACUUCUCCACCUCCACAGAGUAUUUCUACGCAGACUUAUGAAGUACCAAAUAAUUGGGAGCGAGCCCAAUCUGUAGCUAGAUCUCGGCCGCGACGACGCUUGAGAGAAGAGAAUCGACGAGAAAGAUCACAUAGUAGACUCUCCCUAUCCAGUGACACACGAGAAAGCGAAAGAAGUGUUCAUACUAGCGGCGGCAGGUGGGAAUGGCGAGAACCUCGUGACAGCAGUCCAAGCGCGGAUUGGAGUGAGAGUGAACGGCGGCGUGGCAGUCGGCUCACACGACGAGCGUCUCAUUUGGACGUCCGACGGAGGCCGGGACAACGCUCCAGCGUAUUUGGAUCUGAGGCUCCUUCUCCGGAACCAUUGUCGAGUAACCGUGCUAUAUCCCUCGAAGCACUGGUCGGAGCUGGAUCGAGGAGUGACGCUGAAAGGGGCUUAGAAUUGGCACGUCUAAUGACCGAUGCUGAAAAACUUGGAUUUAGUGCAGCAGAAGUACAUGCCGCCUUAGCGCAAAAUCCAGUGGCACCACUAGCAUGGUUAAGCGAGCGGUGGCCAAGUCUGUGUGCGGGAGUUCGCGCCGCCGCAGCUCGACUCGCUCCAGGUGUUAACGUCACUGAACUCGAAGCCCGCGCGUCGUUGGCAAAACAUAGAGGAGCAAUGUGGCCUGCUGUCAACGAUUGUGUAGAGAGAUCUCGACGGCAGGUCGUAGCUAUUGGUGAAGAAGGCAGAUUACGAGGUCAUGUAUGGGGUCCACCAACCGGAGCUGACGAUGAGGGGGCACCACCCUCUCCAUUUUCCAGCCGCUUACACCGCACUCGCGCAGAAGACAGUUCAGACGAAUUUGAAGUUACUACAAACAAAUUUCAAGACGAUGACUGGAUGUACUUACCAUUAGAAAUAAAUACCAAAACUAAUCACGAAUUUGAGAGUCCGGUAAUAAAAGAGGACUCAACUAUAACUAAUGAAGAUAGCAGUCUAGACAUAGCUGAAAAAUUAAAAAGUCUAUUAAUUAAAGCUGGUAUACCUUUAGCGGAUGAAAAAUUACUUUUGAAGAGUUUAUUAGGCAACCAUUCAAUGUAUUCUGAGAAUAGCGAUAUUAACCAUAGUAAAACAAUUGAACAAGAUAAACCUAAUGUAACAGAUUUUAUUCAAUCUGAAAAUGAUUUCAUUGAUGCAUACAAUGCUUUAACAAGACUAAGUCCAUUACCAAGUUUAAAAAAAAAAGACAUUACUGGAACAAACGACGUUUUGGAACAAAUUGAAACACAAGGCCCUCAAGAAAACAAUGACAAUAUCUCAGAAAAUGUAUCAAAAGAUCAAGAUUUAACAAAAACCUUUGAAUCACAAACGAAAUUGAAUACAAUAGAAAAAAAUACAAGGGAAAGUGAAUUAAACAUUGUUCGUGAGAAUAAUUAUUCUCACGAAACUGUAACUAAAAUCGAAGAUAUUAUUCAAGAUACUCCCGUAAUAAAUACAAAAGAUGUCAAAGAAGAUAAAUCAAUCAAUCUCAACGAAAUAGUAGAUAAUACGCAAAAAAUAAUUCAACAAAUGAAGAAUGAAAUUAACUCUGAUAUUAAUUCCAUAAAUGAUAAAAGUAAUACGCAAAGUGAAGCCGAUGAUAGCGCUAAUGAUUCACACUCAUCAUCUGAAAAAGAAUCAAGUUAUAGUGAAACAGACGCAGAUGGCACAGAAGACUUGACAUCUGAUGAAAAGGAUACAUCUACUACUACAACUAGUGAUGACGAAAACCCUAACGAUCAGCUUGAAGACCAGGCAUCAAUUCACAGGACUAGUUCGGAAGAUAAUGAACAGUUUGAAGAGGCAAUGGAUCAUGUCGAAAAUGAACUUGAAGAUUUUAAGCAAACAAACAUAGAAAUAUUAAAUUCUAUUGCAAGAAGUUUACAGGAAGAACAUACAAUAACAAUAGAAAUCAAUGAAUCAAACGACAAAGAUUAUAGACAGCGCAACCAAGAUAUGAAUAACAAUUUAUUCGCUGCGGUUAAUUCGUUUGAAGAAAUAUAUGCAGCACUUAACAAUGAUAGACAGAAAAAAGAAAACACUACAACUGAUACCUAUUCUGAUUCAAACCAACUCAAAAGUUCUUCAAAUAAUAGUAGCAUAGCAUCUGAAAUAAAAACUAAAUUUAAUCCUGCUUAUAUCCAACAAGAAAUAAAUAUUUCUUAUUUCAGACCGGAUUCACCUAUAAAGGUAGUAAUUACUGACCGAGUGCCUCAAUUUUUUACGGCAUCUUUAGAAGUUUUUGAUAAUUUAUUAGAAAAAGAUAAUAGUUCUCUAGAACGUGAUCUUAAUGAUCAAGUUUAUGAAACAGUAGAGGAACCUUCAAAAGAAGUAAUAAAAAAUAGCAUAACUAAUGAAUAUUUAGAAGUAAGGGAGAAUAAUAAUUUUCCCGUGAAUAAUAGUCUUGAAAUUUCAAAAGAUAAUAUAUCGACCACAGACACUUUAACAAUUAACACAAACAUUAAUAAUUCAAACGAAAAAGAUUUGAAUCAAAUGAACUCCAUCGCUUAUGAAAAACAUCGACAUACUAAUAAUAUAGCGGGCGUUAAAAUUAUUAAUAAUAGCUUAGAUGUUAAUAAGCAUCAGGAAAAUAUUUCUCCUCCAGAACCAUCAAAUACACACACGCAAGUAUAUAGAGAAAAUUCUGAAAAAAAAUCCUUGAUUGAUAGCUCUAAAAUGAAAACCCACACCACGACCAAUAAAUCAAAUAUACCGAAACUUGUAAAAACAAUUCAAAGUAAUAAACAAAAGAUAGAAAUUAAAAAUUUACCUAAAAUUAUUGCAUCCAAAGUACCUAUUCGGAGAGCGAGUUUAAAGCAAUAUCCUGCUCCUAAUCCUCCAAAAGGGCAUUUUGGUGACAUCAAAAGUGGGCAUGUUAAGCAACUACAAACCAGACUGUUCAAUAGCAAGGUAGCUAAAACUAAUAUCGAAACACCUGUGAUGCCAGAAGUAAGAGCUUCAACUUCUACAAUGUCAAAAAAGAGUCCAGCUCCUCCGCCUCCAACUCAGCCAGCUAUACAAGGUCAAGAUGCAAUGUUAUCAAAAAAUAAGAACGUUUAUUUCCGAGAAACAUGUCGUACAGAAGAUGAAUGGACCGAAAGUGACCCAGAAGAUCAAGAUUUCCAAAUUAAUUUAAACAAUGUGGAGGAAUCGGUCCCAACACCUGUUUCGCAAAUACAGCCGGUAACCCUGCGACAUAUUUCAGGCCAAUUAAUUGACUUAGCUAAUGUUCGAGUACCUGAAGGCUCACCAGAGAGGCAAGCACGAAUGCUAUUAGCAGAAGGCGCGACAGAAACUUGGGAACAGGCGCAGCUCGCAGUAGACUUGAUUUCACAAGGAACAGAUCCUCCUGCUGCUCUUUUGGCUGCUUUAGAAUGUACAGAUCUUUCAUCAGCUCUUGCGUACUUACACCAAGACUGUGAACUUUGUGCUUCCAAGUUUCCAGAACAUGAGAUGGUAUCUAUGUUACGUUGUACACACAGGUGUUGUCGAGAAUGUGCUCGCCAUUACUUUACAGUACAAAUAACGGAACGCAGUAUUGUAGACUGUGUUUGUCCCUAUUGUAAAGAACCGGAAUUAGAAAACCUCUCAGAAGAUGAUUGGCUUGACUAUUUUGCACAUAUGGAUAUAUUACUAAAAACGUUGUUGGAAAUCGAAGUACAUGAACUUUUUCAAAGAAAGUUACGUGAUAGAACUCUGGCAAAGGAUCCUAAUUUUAAAUGGUGUGUCGAAUGCUCUUCAGGAUUUUUCGUACAUCCAAAACAAAAGAAGUUACGCUGUCCUGAGUGCAAAUCCAUUACUUGCUCAAGUUGUAGAAAACAGUGGACUGUAAAUCAUGACGGUAUAACGUGCGAACAAUACGCGGCAUGGCUUGAAGACAACGAUCCAGAGAAAUCAAUAGCAGCGGUCCAACAACAUCUACGAGAGAACGGACUGGAAUGCCCGAGAUGUCACUUUAAAUAUUCCUUAUCCAGAGGCGGCUGCAUGCAUUUUACUUGUACACAAUGCAAGUAUGAGUUCUGCUACGGGUGCGGCAAGCCAUUCACGAUGGGGGCGCGUUGCGGGCUCAGCGAGUACUGCGCCCGACUAGGCUUGCAUGCACACCAUCCGCGCAACUGUCUUUUUUAUUUACGCGAUAAAGAACCUCAUGAACUUCAGACACUUUUACAAAUGAAUAAUGUGUCCUAUGAAACGGAAGCAGCAGAGGGUAGCAAUAAUCGAUGUCCAAUACAGUUACAACGAGAAACGCCCACUGGUCUCGUAGAUACCACCUGUGGCAGUGAAGUACAACCAAAACAGGCAGGACUUUGCAAGAACCAUUACUUGGAGUACUUGAGCCGACUGGUGCGAGGCCGAAGAGUCGACCCGCUGCCGAUCCUUGGAGUGGACGACUUAGAAACGCUAGUACGUCGAGCCGCAUUACGCCCUCCACCACGGCCCUACGGCUCACUCGACGGCCUCUACAAACGGGGCCUUGCUGAGAUCGUCAGGGAGAAGAUACCACUCGACUGAAAAUACGAUGUCUUUCCAGAAGUACAAACUAAACGUUGAACUAAAAUGUUAGACGCGAAGCGAUGAAUUAAAUUUAAGUAAUUAAUACCAA